CCCCCCCAAGCUCUCCCCGAUCCACAUAUGGCUUAAUCGCCCCAGCCAGUCCCAAGUUCCCCCCAUCCCGCUCCCCCACGCGCGAAACUGCCACCUCUCACCUCCCCACUCGCCAGUCUCGGCACAUCCCUGCAACGUGCGUUCGCCCCGCGACCACUCCGCCUGGCCGACGACCACAUUGAAGAGAACGACGACGACAUCCCCCUAGAGCCUCUUAGGAGCCAUCGGCGCCAGCCUUCAUAUCAGCACACUCACCUUCCCUCUUGGUCGUGGUACGCUGAACGUAUCGCUCGCUCUGGUGACAAGAUGAAGUUUGGAACAUUAUUGGAGCUCAACUCUAACGUCGAGUGGUGGGAUCACUACGUUGAUUAUGACGCGCUCAAGAAGCUCUUCCCGUCGGUGCCCCUCGAUCCGACCUACUUGGCAACGCAGCAGCACGCCGAGUCCGGCAGCCUGCUCCCCACUCACCGCGACUCGUCCAAGUGGGCCUCGCCCGAAGACUUCAAGGCCGCACUUGAUCGCGAACGCAACAAGGUCGCGACAUUCUACGAGACCAAGCUCGCCGAGCUGCGUAACUCGACCGACGUCAUUACGGGCGAGGUCGACUCGAUCGAGCAGCGCGAGCUGAAUGCUGACAACGACGAGGUCAUCCGUGAGGAGGACGAGUGGGAGGCUGAGGACGCCGACGAGCGGGCCAAUCUCCUCUCCGACCUGCCGUCGUCGGGCGCCAUGGCGCCCCCGCGCAAGCGUAACUCAAUCUUUGGCAAGCUGCCGAGUUUCCCUCGUCGAUCGAGUGUCACCAAGGACUCCGCCGACGUCAUACAGUCCUCGCUACCGGCCGAGGUUCGCAGCAGUAGCUCGCGACAGCGUUCGCGCUCCCUUGUUGUGACAGGCAGCAGCACCGAGGAUGAGCUGGCGUCGUCGCGCGACAUGAUCGCAUCGCAGCCCCAACUGAGUCCGCGUACCAAGCACCGCAGCCGCGCUCUCAGCGACCUCUCGUCUGCCGACGAUCACUUUGACCGUCGUGGGUCGAUGAGCUCGAUAUCCUCAGGUGGCGGGCUAUGGCGCUCAACUCGCCGCGCCCACAAGCUCGGCCUCCAGCCCAUGGACCCCUCCACUUAUCCCGAGUGGCUCAAGGAGGAGCUGGCCAAGGCGUCAGACAUCGAGUCGGCCAGCACCAAGCACAUCUACUACGUGUGGAAGGGCAACACAGACUACGCAACGGUACUGCGCAUCGGCAUGAAGAAGCGCAUAACCGCGCUCUGGCUUGACCUCUACGCCCUCAAGCAAUACGUCGACCUCAACUUCACUGCGUUCCAGAAGAUCCUGAAAAAGUACGACAAGAACACCAACUCCAAGUUGAAGAAGACGUACAUGUCCGACUUCGUACUCACCACGUAUCCGUGGACGGACGAGGCCAAGGCCGAGCUCGACCUUCUUCUCAACCAGGUGCUGUUCCUGUACCGCCGCGUGGUUGUGGCUGGCGACGAGGAGCUCGCAAAGGAGCAGCUGCGCGCACAGCUGCGCGAGCGCAUUGUCGUUGACCGCGAGACAGUGUGGUCGCAGAUGGUCGGCGACCGUCGUGGACAGGGCAUCUUCCGCUCGGUUGACCCAGACGCCGACUUGCCUGCGUUCGAGCAGGUCAAGCGUGGCCUGCGGACACCGUGCGGGCGCAUCGCCAUGCCGAAGUGGCUCAAGAAGGGCGGCUUGAUCUUCGGCCUAGCUGUCCUGUCCAUGCUCGCUAUCAUCGUCGUGCAGCCCAUGGACCGCGUCGAGGAAAGCAACUGUCUCGCACUGCUCGUAUUCUGCACUAUCCUCUGGGCAACUGAGGCGAUCCCGCUCUUCGUUACCUCACUUACCGUGCCCUUCCUGGUUGUCGUCCUGGGUGUUCUGCGCAACGACAAGGACGACACGAGACUGCCGGCCAAGGACGCAACCGCGUUCAUUUUCUCCGUCAUGUUCUCGCCCACUGUCAUGCUUCUGAUUGGCGGCUUCACCAUUGCCGCCGGCCUCUCUCGCACGAGGAUUGACCACAUGGCUGCGAGCCGCAUUCUUACGUCGGCUGGCUCGAACCCGAGCGUUGUGCUGCUCGUGCUGAUGUUCGUCGCUACUUUUGCGAGCAUGUGGAUUUCGAACGUCGCUGCGCCGACACUGUGCUACGCACUCGUUCGCCCCAUCCUUGACGAGCUUCCGCCCAAGUCUGUCUUCUCCAAGUGUCUGAUUAUCGCAAUCGCCCUCGCCUCGAACAUCGGCGGUAUGGCGUCGCCAAUCUCCUCGCCGCAGAACCUCAUCGCUCUUGGCAGCAUGGUUCCCGAGCUGACGUGGAUUGAGUGGUUUGCUAUCUCGCUGCCCGUCGGCAUCACCUCGGUUGUCUCCAUCUGGGCCUUCCUCCACUACAACUACCGGUGGGAGAGCGAUCUGCGCAUUCCGAAGAUGCGCAAGAACACAGACAGCCUCACUGGCAAGCACUACUUUGUUCUCUUCUUCACUGUGUUCACCAUCGCUCUUUGGUGCAUCGAGAAGAACAUUGAGAGCACCAUUGGUGACAUGGGCAUCAUCGCCAUUAUCCCCCUCAUCGCAUUCUUCGGGACCGGCAUCCUGCGCAAGGAGGACUUCCACGACUUCCAGUGGCCCAUCGUCUUCCUCGCAAUGGGUGGCAUUGCGCUUGGCAAGGCUGUCCUCAGUUCUGGUCUCCUGGAGUCCAUGGACAAGGGUCUGGUCCGCCUCGUCGAGGGCAUGGGUCUUUACUCGAUCCUCGUGGUGUUCUGCUCCAUCUCGCUCGUCGUGGCGACCUUCAUCUCCCACACUAUCGCCGCUGUUCUCCUGGUUCCCAUUGCUGAGCGCAUCGGCACGUCCAUGGCGGACCCCCACCCGCGCCUUCUCAUCAUGGCGACUGCACUCAUCUGCUCGGCAGGAAUGGGUCUUCCUGUCUCAGGUUUCCCGAACAUGACUGCGAUUACCCAGGAGAACAAGCUUGGGCACAGGUUCAUCAACGCCAACGAUUUCCUCAAGAACGGCAUCCCCGCCUCCAUCCUUGCGACCUUUGUUAUCUGCACGAUCGGCUACGCGAUCAUGCGCGUGCUUGGUCUCUAGUCUCCAUAGAAAGAUGCAUGAAUGCUUGUUGAGCGU